AUGUGUCGACUCGAGCACUGGCUUUGUUGCAUAUGCGAGGACGCUUAUGUCGCUGUUAACUUCUUCUGUGGGCAUGUGGCUCCCGGAGCACCAGCUUGCCUGGACACGACUCGUUACGAGCGACAUAUCGUAGCACGCUACUGUUACUUUUGUUCUAACGUAGGUCUUGGCGGUGCCCCUGUACUGUCGAAGACCAAAGAAUACCUCGACAAUCUCGCGAGUCUGGAAGGCAUGCUUCGCGUAGCGGCCAUACCGGACCGAAAUGAUGUUACCGUUUCGGUAUUUAGCAACUGGUUGAUGGGGUUCAAUGGCCCGACAAGCAUCCGCCCUUUCAAGGCCGGUCAUCCGGCAAUAAAUAGCAAUUCCACUAAAGACCACUUUGCACACAACCUUUCACCACCACAAAAGGUAGCUUCUUUUAUCGUUACUUCAUCUGAAAUGUCUCGGGCUAGCGCAUUCCACUAUCAAAUUGCGAUCCCGUUGAACUUGACGGUUCAGCCAUAUUUUCGACCUCCUGUACCGGUCCUGGAGCAAGGCCUUGUGGGCGGCCAGCCUGGUCGUAGAACCGACAAAGGAACCCGUCGCUGGUCAAAUAGGACACAUAGGAUGGUGUUUGCCAAGAUGGACCAGCAAGACUCGUCAUCUUCUCUCCCAAACCCAUCUAAUGUAUGGCCAAGAGAUGCUGCUAAGCCAGACAUCACUAUGCCCAACGAGAAGCAUUUGCCUAUAUCGUUUACCCCGGUUGAUUCUGACGAUAUCGAUAUUCGUGCAACAGCAUCCAGCAAUGACUUAAAAGGCAAGCAAAUUGUGACCCCGUUGGCCUCUGCUCCAACUUUCGCAGGCAAUUAUGCGAAAUCUGCUACUGUAGACUGCAUCGGGCAGCCUGUUGCUACGAGCUAUGCAACUGUGGCUUCCAGCGCCCCGACUUCUCCAGUAGUAUUCAGCGCCGAUACCGUUAAAGAUGACAGAAUUGACAAGCAGGAGGGCGGGAAACCCUUAGGAAUUCAAAGGCCUACCCGAUCAACCGCGGUCAUCCCGGUGAUUCCUCUUGUUCCCAUAGCUAAAGCCAAGAUUCCUCGAGGGUCUGCUACAUCCCAGAUUGCAUCUACCCCAGGAGCUGUUGCUACUCCGAUCGUUACUCCAACUGCGGCCCCGACUCAAACAAAGGCCAAAAUUGAGACUCCAGCACCAACCAGUUCACAAGUCGUCGUCGUAUCAGCCAAGGUAAACGUUGAGAAGGCCAAGGCUAGUACUUCCAAAUAUUCCAUUCCUAAGGACACCCUAGCUGCUCCACGUGAAGAGGAUGAGCAAAGGUCACCUGUGCUACCCGAGGCACAGAAGAAGCCCCUCCUCUAUAGCCAGGCAAUUACUACCGGCGCCUCGUCCGCGACUAUCCCUACCGGUCUCCGCGGUCACUCCAUAGACCACACUAAGAGCCAAGACAAUCCGAAGAAGAAGGAUCUCGUCCAGAAGGGAUCAAGGAAUUCACGCCCGAAGAGGAAGGGGCAAAAGCAAAAACGUGGACAAAAGAAACAACAAGAACGCACACAAGAAUUGGAGCCUAAGCCGGCGCCUAAACUGGAGUCCAGACCCGAGCCAAAGUCGAAGCAAGAGCCGGAGUACCACCAAUUCCGACUACCAUGCCUUUCCUACCGAGAUGCCCUUAAAGGCAGCCUGAAAGGCAACACCUUGCCCAGCUCGUCCAAACUGCAUUUACCUUCAUAUUAA